AUGUAUUCGUAAUUUAUUUUAAGUGUGAUAGGAUGCUUCUUAAUUCUCUUCUCUACAUUUUGGUUCAGAACUCCAAUAAGAGACAUUAAUGACAUUGUUGCAUUCAGAAAACCAAUGUACGAUUAAAUUGUUCUAUUCUUUUUGGAUGCAACAGGAUAUCGAUACAUAAUCAAUGAGAGUAGUGAACAUGAAAUAUUCCAAACCAUUACUAUAUUGAAGGAUUUGAGUCAAAACUACCCACUCCAUUCAUUCCUUAAGAAAACCAAGGCUGUUCCACCUUCGACAGACUUUACUAUUUUGAGUAUAAUCAAUGGAAUCAAAUAAAUGCAAAAUAAUCUAGAUGUGACUUUCAAGUCUAAUCCAGCACCUUACGAAGAUUCAAUCCUGAGAAAACAAUUCAAAUCAGCACUCUAUUCAAGUAAGAAGCACGAUUGGUUAAGAAUGACCUCAGGAGAGUUUACAUUCGUUGAAAAUCCUUAAUUUUUUAAUUUAGACAACAUUUAAAUAGCGGAUCUUUCAUCUUACUAAUUCUUUAAAUAGUCUUUCUUAUAAGAUCAACCAGAUUACUAAUUUUAUGUAGUUCAUAUGAUGGGAUUCGAUGCACUAGGACAUGCCUUAUAACAUCAAGAUUAUGAUCAAGGAAUACAAUUGUUUAGGAUGUUUAAUGCUAUCUUAGAAGGAGUGGUUAAUAGUCUCAAAGAAAACUAACUAUUGAUAGUGAUUGGUGAUCAUGAUCAAAGUAAAAGAGGAAAACAUUAUCAAUGUUCUGAAGAAUCAACAGAAUGUUAAGGCUUUAUUUUUGCAUUUUCUAUCGAUGGACUCUUACAAGAAAAUCAAACCUAUGACUUUUAUGAACCCUCAGACAUAUCAGCCACUAUAACUUCCCUCUUAGGCUAUUCAUCAACCAGUUAAAAUCUUGGGAAAAUUAUCCCCUAAUUUUAUCCUAGACAAACAGAUAAAUCAGAAAUCUAAAAUGAUUAAGAAAGAGUUAAAAAUCAAGUGCUUAAAUAUCUCUAGACCUAAGGAUUCAAAAUAUCACCCACUUUCAUUGAAGAAUUAAAAUAGUUAGCUGCUGAUCAAGUUGUUGUUGAAGUUCAGAGAAAUAUAUAAAUAGGAUUACCAAGAAAAGACACCUUUUUUUUUGGAAUACUAUUAAUGUUGUUUAGCAUUUACUUAAUGAGAAAUCUUUUGGGAUUACAGGAGAGUGUAAUUAUUGUUUUAACCGGAUUCUUUAAUGCCUAAAUUAUGACCAUAGGAUUAUUAGUGUUAGUAGUUUUGAGGAGAGAAUCUAAUCUAAAAUUAAUCCUGAAGAUAUUAGCUUUGCUUAUGUUUAUUUAGCUUAACUAUAUGGGAUAUAUUCCAGAUAUACUCUUAUCUAUUGAGAUUCAAUUUUUGCUCCUAUUAGCGAUCAAAUAUUAGAAUUAUAUAAACUCAGGAUAGAAUUUUGCUAAAUGGAAGAUAUCAUUUUUGUUUACGUUGGUGAUGAUUUCAUAGUUUGUUGCAUCUGUAUUUUUCUUAUUAGACUAAAAUAAUUUUGAAUUAAGGAAAUCUCUCUUGUAAAGUUUGAUAAUUGUUAUCAUCCUAUUUUUUGUUAUUGAUCCAAGAUAUUUUAAUAAGGGAAGAGUGAAGGCAUUGUAUCUAUCAAUACUGUUUAUAUUGUCAGAUGUUGCUGUGAUAUUCUAACUCAAUUACUCCAAGAAUUUCAUAUAAUUCAUCUUAUAAUUUAUGUUAAUGCAAUAUAUAGAUGUUGGAUAGAACGUACUUAUUUCUAAGAUCCUAUAUAAUGCAAUCAACCCUAUUAAAAUAGACCAUCAAGUGUUCAAAGGGUAUAAAUAACUGAAUAUGAACUCAAUGAUCUUACUCACUAAAGAGUUCGACAUUGGACCUUCCUUAUUUUCAGUAUUCAUUGGUAGUUUUGGAUGUCAAAUAAUAGGAAUUGCUUCUUUAUUUUUUAAUUAACUUAAAUUAGAUAGACAUAAAAUUGUCGGAGCCAUGAUAAUAUCAUCAAUCUUUAAUUUGAUCUUAGAUUCUUGGUAGAUUCUUAACUAUAAUUAAUCUAUUCUUAACACAAAUCAAAUGAUCGAAGAAUAGAUAGUAUUGUUAAACAGUCUGCCAAUGAAAUUAUUGGAAUUGAUCCUUUAUAGUUUUGCCUUUAGUAUUUUUGCAAGAUAGACAAAGAAGUAGAGGGAGAUGUGA